AUGCCGGAGGAAGAUAAGCACGAAAUGACGUCAAGUGAAACGGCGCUGGGAUGGCGAAUCAAGGUUUCCGAAGAGAAGAUGAGAAGAAGAUUGAAAAAUUUAUCUACUCGUUAUUCGUUCACCAAAACUACUGCAAGCCGAGGUUCUCUACCAAAUAUUAAGAUGUUAUCUGGAAAAGUUCAUAGAGCGAUUCAGUCCGAAUUUCCCGAAUCGGACUUUCCUGUUUGCACCAAUAAUGCAACACAAUCGUCAUUAGUUCUUUUUGACAGCCCAUCAGGUUGUCCUGUGUUCCAAUCAAGAGCAGGGAUAAUACCCGACACUUUGAAUGAUUACAAAAUGGUUGUCACUUGUGGGAAACCACUCCAAGCAUCGACUCCGAUAAUUCUAAAUAUCACAUUUGAUGAAUGUCUACAGACUUGUUGGGCUGAUUCGAAUUGCGUGGUCAUCUAUGACACCACUCCUACAUGUUCUUACUACAGUAUUGAAUUGAUUACAACUGUUCAAAAACUUCCAAAAUCUAGUGGAGAACGAGUGGCAUUCCGACUUCUGAUGAGAAAUAAAACGUGUUCGAAUGAAGCAAAUGAACCCAUUUUGAGGGAUGGAACUGUAAAAAGUGAUGUUCUUCAAGGAUAUGAAAAAUACACGGUCAAUAAGUAUGUUCCAUACAAUAUAACUUUAAAGAAUGAUGUUUGGACAUUUUCCCCUCGUGAUCCACCAUAUUUCUGUUUUCCGCCAUUAAUACCAAUCAGAAGAAACAAUGUUAUUUGGUGUAUGGGGCUUCUUUCCAGUAGUGACUGCAUAAAUCGAACUCAGGCCGCUGAUGUGUGCCAGAAGAGUUUUCAGCAGCCACUGGCAGGACCGGCAAACGCGGCAGAGUAUGAAUACAUACAAAGUUGGUAUAGGUUUUGUGACGAUUCAUGA